AUGGGCCGUAUCUCCCCAGACCCAAUUCGAGGAUUGCUCCUUUGCUGCUGCAGGCCUCACAAGGAAUGCGUGACUGAACAUAUCACCCGUGGCAGUUUCUCGUUCUCAGCUACUUCGGCACGUUCGCCGCUCUCAGUUUUCAUCUUCCCCACGAUGAUAUCAAAAUCAUCAAAGCCCGACUUUUCACGGCCGUUCCGCUCACGCCCGCCCCGCCUCCCAUCGGGUUUCCAGUGGGUCUACGCCAACGCCCUCGUGUAUACCGUCGCCACGUUGUGCAUCAAGGUUACCCUCGUGCUCCUCAUCGAGCGCGUCUUCUCGAUCAAGCGCCAUAUCGUAUGGCGAAUAUACAGCGGCAUCUUUGUCUUCACGCUCUACACCAUCGCUGUCUUGCUUGCCAAGGUCUUCUCCUGCACGCCGUUUGCCUCGUAUUGGGAUGUCACAGUGCAACCCGAAUAUUGCAUUGAUAGAUCCAAGAUGUGGAAGAUCGACUCGACCAUGGCCGUCAUCACCGACCUCGCCAUCUUGGUCCUCCCUGCGUCUCUCGUCAUGCCGCUGCGCCUGCCGUUGGCUAAGAAGAUCAGGAUCAGCGGGCUGCUCGGCCUCGGCGGUAUUGCCAUCUUGUCCAGCGGAGCCAAACUCUAUCUGAUACUCGCAGAAGGGGACGACUCGGAUAUCUCUGGAAACGGUGCCUUAUUGGGCAUACUUACAUUGAUGGAACUAGCCUCCGGCUUCAUCUGCGCCUGCCUGCCUCCAAUCGCCCUCGUUAUCGAGAAAAAAAGCCACGGACGCCGAGGCUCGUCCAACAAUCCCAGAGCCAGGCUGUACCGGAGAAUGAAGUUGCACUCUGGCGGCUCCAGCGCGCCCGUGACCACCCUCGGCACGGCGACAGGAUUCACAUCAUCCCAGAUACGCCGGGAUGACUUGGACGAGCACCGAAACCCUCAACAACAAGCCUACACAAGCAGGGCCGACACCGACGUUGAAUUAGGCACGCUGCCAGCCACCUCACGCUGGCCGUCGGGAGUUGACUUGAGGUCCCCUCCAAUGACGGCAGACACAACAGCUACCAGCGACGCUGCGAACCGCAACGCAGCUCUAACCUGGGCCGACCAACCGAUGGAUGACCAGGAGCAGUCGCACAGUCCCUCGGCCGGUACGAUGCAGCAAACGACACCCUGGCCCUCCUCGAGGUCCGCCGCGAGCAGGUGGCGCCUCCCUCAAAUAAUUAGCAAUAGAGCGCCAACACAAUCGUCCACGUCUAUGGGCGGCAUCAUGCGCACCAUCCAGAUCACGCUCGAGACAGCCGAAGCUGGAGAACCCCCAGACGACAAAACCUCUGACCCCGGCGGUGACCGUACCAGCGGCCAGAGCAAUAGCCGUGUGGGACCGCCUCUAGUGGCGAUGACGCGGGCCGCCGCCGGAUGCCGCGCCAAAAGCGUCCAUGCUCGAAUUUGGGAUGGAAAAUCACACGACCUUGGCACUAGGGCAAUAGGGUACUCCGAAUGA